AUGACUGAGACGAAUUCGCAAGCCUCGACCCUUUUCGAGCUUGUUUCUCGGGCAGAUCUGGUCAGUCUUGAAGAGGUUCUAAGCCGAAAGCAAGUCGAGGUCGAUGCUCGAGACACUGCUGGUCGAACGGCCCUCCAUCUAGCCGUGCUUGCAGGAACAGCAGAUAUAUGUCAGCUCCUGAUCGAGCAUAACGCGAGUUUGGACGCAUGGACUGGGCAAGGCGAAGCGGUAGUCCAUCUGGCUGCCAAGAGGGGCGAUAUUGAUGUUUUGCGUGCAGUUAUGGAUGCUGUCGAGUUGAACCAACGAGCAAGCGAGGACAAAGGCAAAGCCGUUGAAAGGACGGCAGCUAGCGAUAAUGCCGAUUCGACCAUUCAUGUGGAUUCUCUGACUCACAAGUUUAAGCUGUCACCACUCUAUAUUGCAGUUGCUUUGGUGGCAGAGAUGCUAUUGACGAGGUAUCACGCAAACCCCAACAUUGUUGUCGGCCGUGCGGACAUUCACAAAGGAACACGGACUGUCCAUGUGCUUGAGGCGGCGCUUCAGCAUCCGCGGGUCGUCUGUCGUUCUCUUCUGAAGCUGCUGCUCGGACACGGCGCAAGUGUACUUGACACCUCAUCACACACAGUAACAGAGUCUCUGUUUUUCAUGAUCAUGAAGCGGGAUGAGGACGCACUGGAUAUCUUCGCGGAGCUCGACGCUGAGAACUUCAAAAGUGCAAUUACUAAAGGUCUUUGGAUUGAUUCCAUGAGAUGUCAGUGUGCGUUGACAGGCGUGAUCAAUCUCGGACUGGAAGACACUGCCUUUAAGCUGCUAUUAUAUGGAGCACCGCCACAUCUGGAUUUUAAGUCUCCUCUUGAGAUUCAGGCAGAUUCCAGCCCAUUUAGAAAGAAAAGCCUUGAGAUAGCCCAGGCUGACUAUUGGCAGCCAAUCCUGAGCGCCGCUCUGUUCGAGAUGCCACGGCUGGUGAUGGAACUGCUUGAUCGUGGGGUCGAUCCAAAUACUCAGCUGACGGAACACCAAGCUCGCUACAUGUUGCAUCAACGUGAAUGCCGCACAGUCUUGGAUAUUGUCAAGUCAAAACUCAUCGAGCUUCGUAGCUGGAAUAUCGAUGAUGAGAGCGUCUACUACGAGAUAAGAGGGACACCAGAAGAGGCUGAGCAGCGCGUUGGGAAGCAGAAUGCAGUAGCAGAGCUUAUAAAGGCGUACCAAGAAGCUGAGGCGAACCUGAUAUCCUUGGGGGCUCAAACAUCUGCUGGACUAAACUUGCAAGAACCUCUAGGACCGAUCUCUCAAAAAUUCCCCGAGAGAAUCCAAUUACAUCCGCCACCUAUUGAGACGAACACUCAGCCGCUACUUUCUUCGCAGGAUAUCGACCCAACGAAAAUCCGUUCGGUGGAAAGUGGUCGCCAAGCACUGUUGGCAGCUUGCCGUGAUGGCAACAUUGCGUUGGUAAAAGACCUGACCUUAAGCUCAUGGGGUUUUGACCAAGAGUUGUCUCCUAUUGCGAUAUCGGACGUAUCUGGGUAUUCACAGGGCCCCUUUCUCCUUGCAGUCGAGAACAAACACUACGAUCUAGCCCGCACUAUCGUUCAAAUUGCCACAAUUCAGCACAUCGACUUUCCGAAUAAUCAGCCAUCUGAUCUCUUCAAUGAACUGGCCGACGAUAACCAUUCUGCGGACAGCAUCAAGAAGGCCUCGUCUCAAGUCAAUUCCACGGUGACCGCGAAAAGAAUUGUUGCGGACAGUCACAGCUGUUUUGCUGGGGAGAAACGUAAAGACAUGGAUAUGCUGAGGUUUUCCAUCGAAAUGGAAUCUUCAUUUCCCCGUGAGCAAAGCGACAUUGAACGCCAGACACGGCAUGCGUGGGCCCUUGUUGAACAUGGCGACUGGCCUGAAGCCUUUGAAGAAUACAUCAAGGCAACUGGUGCACCGUUUCGCCAUGUGGUGAGUCAAGAUAGAGCAAUGGCGGCAUACAAGCGCUUUGCAGAGACAGCCGAUUUCUCGAGCCGUAAAGCCGGCCCUGACGCUUCCCGAGCAGAGUUUUUGGAUGCGGUAGAGAAGUGGAUGGACAAGCGAAUAUCGACUCAUCCGGAUCUCCUCGAAGUCCAGUCGAUCGAUGGGUGGACGCCCCUGUUAACGGCAGCUCUACACCAAAGAAUUGAUGUUCUUCAUCUUCUUCUAGAAGCGGGAGUUAGCCCAUUUGCCACCGACUCAUUCGGGCGCAAUAUGCUUCAUCUUCUAUUGCUUAGCCCAGGCCAAGGCUAUAUUCAGGAGCCCGAAAAGCUCUCGUCUUUCCUCCAGUCCGUGGAUAGAUCUGUGCUGCACCAGCUUCUGGAGCAGCGCUGUGACGAGAGCCCCGGGGGCCUGACGCCUCUCGCACGUUGGAUUCAUACUAGACCUGCAGCGAACGGGCUGUUCACAACUCUGCUGAAUGUUUCUAAUUUAGCGGUGUUGGAACGGUUAGACGGUAGAGGUCAUACGCUUCUUCACGUUGUAUCAUCUUCAUCGAUGGAUCAGCUCAUUCGUCCCGUUAUCGAAAGGGCCCCUCAUGUUAUGUUCUACGAAGACAUCCAUGGGAAAACGCCCUUUGACCAUCUAGUCGAGAAGCAGCUUCACGGAUUUAUAGAGCAUCUGAUGCCGAGCUACACCCGGAAUCGCAAAUGGCAAGCAUCUUCCCCACUUGUUCACUGGCCUUUAUUUGCCUUUGCUCCGGAUUAUGCUGGGCCAACGUACCCGAGAGACCCAUAUCAAGCAUGGGAAAUAAGCCGAGAGCUGGCCGAGUCCUGGGAGCCUCACCGAUUCACAAGAAAGCUCGUGACAAACCAGCAGCGUGACGAAAUCGCAGUGAUGUUGAAGAAUAAAAAGAUACAGAAGAAUCCUAAAGGCGACCAGCAUGAUGUUAUAUCUUUGUCCGUGUAUAAGCCCGGAAACUUGUGUUGUUCUAUCAUGAAGACUACCACUGUUACUCUAUAUGAGAAUAAUGGCAAGCCGAGACGUAACAUGACGCCAACGCCUGCCAGUGAUGAAGCAGUUCGCCAAAAAGGUGGUUUCACGUAUCUCCAGCUCAUGGCAUCCGGAAGAGCUGCCCAGCCUUUGGCUGCGGAAGAGGACGGGUUCAUGAUCAAUGACCCCAGCGCCAUUCCCUUUGAGGGAGGCGCAACCCCGGAGGAGAUGACGGCGGAGGACAUCAAGAGCACGAUCGAAGAUUACGAUGUGAGUAACAAGCGAACCGAUGAGUAUGGCGGAAGUAUCGAGAACAGACAUCGCCUUGUCGUAGAGAUUGCACAGGCCGUCUCCGAUGCCGUUUGCGCAGAAUGUGUUGGGCAUGCGGAUGGAAAUCCCAUUCCCCAGUUUACCGACCUCAUCAAGCGUGUCAACGACAUUGGCAUCGGGCAUCUGAACCUCAUUGGGUCUCGCGUUUCAGGCGUUGAUUACACGGAUGGCACCGAGACACUGGACUGGGCGUGGGCUGUCUGGGAAAAGGCCGUUAUCGCGACAGGAGGCUACCUGCCGGCGACGGCGCUUGAGCUGGUUGAAAGAAACUCGGCCAGAGAUAUUGUAGUCGCCUUUGGUAGGCGAUAUGUCCCGAACCCCGACCUGCCGUUUCGCAUUACGAGAGGCCUUAAGUUGAACCCCUACGAUCGGAGCACAUUUUGUAAGGUGGGUGCUCCUGAGGGACUGAUCGACUACCCGUUCAGCAAAGAGUAUCUGGCUUUGGGCAACUGA